GCAGCCACACAGCAGUCCCGCACCUUCUCUUCCCCGCCCCCCCCGGCCACCUUCCGCCCACGCGAGGGCGACGCCCUGUCUCCCAGCCACCCCUCGCCUUCUUGGCUCGGACCCCCGGAGACCGCGGCUGUCGCCCGUCCGGCCGCGACGGCUGGGGGUGGCAGGCGUCUUUGUUCACGAGGGGCCCCUCCCGCGUGGUGUCACACUCCCCCCCCCCGUUCGGCGCUCACCACGGCCAGGUGGCGGCGGGUGCCUUUUGGGGUGCGCGGCUGUGCCAUUGGUGGAUUUUUUUAAACCCUGCUGGAGGGGGCGGCGAGCGCACCGCACUACCGGCUGCUGCUCCCGCUCUCCCGCCGCUCCUCUCUGCGGCUACUGCGCGCCUCGUCCCGGGCGGCCCAGCGCGCUCCUCCGACGCCGAGAUGAAGGUGCUGGGACACAGGCUCCAACUGCUGACAGGGCUUCUGCUCCACGACGUGACCAUGGCGGGGCUGCAGGAGCUGCGAUUUCCUGAGGAGAAGCCCCUUCUCCGGGGCCAGGAUGCCACCGAGCUGGAUAACCCCGAUGCCUUCCUCUCAGUUGUGGACACGGACUGGAAGGAACAUGACAUCGAGACACCUUAUGGCCUCCUGCAUGUGGUGAUCCGGGGCUCCCCCAAAGGGAACCGCCCAGCCAUCCUCACCUACCACGAUGUGGGUCUCAAUCACAAGCUGUGCUUCAACACCCUGUUCAACUUGGAGGACAUGCAGGAGAUCACCAAACACUUCGUGGUGUGCCAUGUGGAUGCCCCUGGGCAGCAGGUGGGAGCGUCACAGUUCCCUCAGGGAUACCAGUUCCCCUCCAUGGAGCAGCUGGCGACCAUGCUCCCGAGUGUGGUACAGCACUUUGGAUUCAAGUACGUGAUUGGCAUCGGAGUGGGGGCCGGAGCGUAUGUGCUCGCCAAGUUUGCACUCAUCUUCCCUGACUUGGUGGAGGGGCUGGUGUUGAUGAACAUUGACCCCAAUGGCAAAGGCUGGAUUGACUGGGCUGCCACGAAGCUCUCCGGCUUGACCAGCACUUUGCCAGAUACUGUACUCUCCCAUCUCUUCAGCCAGGAGGAGCUGGUGAACAACACGGAGCUGGUGCAGAGCUACCGGCAGCAGAUCUCGAGCGUGGUGAACCAGGCCAACCUUCAGCUCUUCUGGAACAUGUACAAUAGCCGCAGAGACCUUGACAUUAACCGGCCUGGGACGGUGCCCAAUGCCAAGACACUCCGCUGCCCGGUGAUGCUGGUGGUCGGUGACAAUGCACCUGCUGAGGACGGGGUGGUUGAGUGUAACUCCAAACUGGACCCAACCACUACAACCUUCCUGAAGAUGGCAGACUCUGGUGGUCUUCCUCAGGUGACCCAGCCAGGGAAGCUGACUGAGGCCUUCAAAUACUUCCUGCAAGGCAUGGGCUACAUUGCACACUUGAAGGACCGAAGGCUCAGUGGAGGAGCAGUGCCCUCAGCCAGCAUGACCCGCCUUGCGCGCUCUCGUACCGCGUCCCUCACCAGCGCCAGUUCUGUGGAUGGUAGCCGCCCUCAGCCCUGCACCCACUCAGACAGCAGUGAGGGGAUGGGCCAGGUCAACCACACCAUGGAGGUGUCCUGCUGAAGCCCUCGUCCUGCCCAAGACACCCGCUUACCUGCCCCCAGGUCCCACUGCCAUCUUCGCACCGGCUCAUCUUCCCUCUGGUUUAUUUUUGUGAGAGUGAAGGGGAGGAAAUGGGGUUACUUCUCUUUUACUUAAAACGAGGGGAUCCACCUUAGGAUGGCACAGCACAACAGUCUUAGAGGAUGUGAAGGGCUCGCCUUAUACACUCGCAGCUCACGCAGCGUGGUCACUGGUUGAUACGGCCCCCUUCGUCUGCCCAUCUGGGGUGUGGCCAGGAUGUGUAGGACAUAGUACGAAAGAAAGCACAGCCCACCCCCUGGAGCUGGCAGAUAGGGAGUUUGAAGAUGGCGGGUGCUGAGCCAAGGCUCUGUUGUGAGUGGGAGUCAGACCAGUGGGGAGCCGUCCCUUUUCUGUAACCCUUGUACCAAGCACACCUAACAGUAGAGGUGACAGUCAUGAGGAUGGUAGCCACAAGAGAGCGCUCUGAGCAGACAGCCAUUUUCCUGGUGCUCUCUGGGCAGGACAUGAUAGAAGGCUAGCCAGGCUGAAGACAGAAUAUGGAGAACCCUGACAUGGGGGCAGGAACCCCAUACUCUGCCACCACAGGGCCAUGUCCACCCUGAGGCAAAGGUCACCUGGUCUCUCUUGUCCCCGUUGGCGGAGGUGAAAUGUUGAUGACUUUGUAUGCUGUGUACAGCCCCUGAGAACUCCAUGGUUACCCCUUUGGGAGCUGGCAGGUACUGUAGGUCCCUCCUAUCCCAGGUUUCAAACAGCAAGUGUUUGUCACAGUGCCCUGGUCGACCUGGGCCAGCAUGUCACAGACAUUACUUGAGAAGUGAGCAUUAGGAAGGUACAAGACAGAAAGAUACAGUGACCUCUGCUUGCUGGAGGGGCUGGAAAUGGCCUGCUCCUUGGGUGGGAGAUGGGUUAUUCUCCAGAUGAACAAAGGCUCCGUACCUCCUACAGCCCGCAACUAUGUCUGCCACCUGACUGUGUAGACUCUCACAGCCCAGAGCUAUUGUGUCAGCCAUCCCCAGAGAAGAGAGAGAGAGAGCACUUAAGUGUGAAUAUGGGGUGGGCGUGAUGUAUGUGGUGUUGUGUGGGUGUUCUGAGGCAGGAGGACACCUACAUCCAUGUGUCUGUGGCGUAUGCCACCCCUUCUUUCUGUAACGUAAGCCAUUUCCAGACUGCUCUGAAGUCCAGUGGAGUGUAUCCUAUCCCUGGUUCUAUUCACUCACGUGCUUCCGUGAAUACCGAGUGUGACUGUUUAAAGCUGGCAGAAUUAAUCCCUUACUGUAGAUAGCACUUCAAGUAUUGGACAUCUUUUUGCUGUGUUCUUAAGAUAUCUAUAAAUACCUAUACAUUAUAUAUAUAUGUAUGUAUAUCGGGUCCUUCUGUAUGUGGUUUCCCAUUGAUGGUUGUCUUCUCUUUGGUCAGGAUGAACUUUUAAUGGAGUUCAUUACUUUCCUCUCUGUACAAAGUUAAGAGCCUAAUUUUGUGUAUUCUGGUGGCUGAUAAGAGACUUUGAGAUUACAAAAUGCAAAACAAAAAUCCUUAUUGAUAUAGAAAGAUAUCUGUGCAGAAAAACUAAUAAAGAAAUUAAGUGUA